AUGCUGGAAACUGCACCAUUUCUAUUUGAAGAUUUUUCUAAUAAAGAUAAAAUUAUGCAACGCAUAAAGGAUUUACCCAUAACCAGAAAUACUGUAAAAUCUCGGAUUUUAAAAAUUGCAGAAAAUAAAGAAGAGUUGGUUAAAUUAGUCUCAUUGCAAGAAACAACAAAAGGAACUGAUAUUUGCAAAGCAGUUGUAAAUACUCUUUCUGAGGCAAAUGUGGAUUUUUCUAGGAUUGUUUCUGUUACCACUGAUGGCGCUGACCAAACAUAA